UGAUCACGUUGAAUUCAUCACAAUAUGGCAAAAUUAUGAUUGAAAACAUUGUUGGCGAGGAUCCAAGUGAAACACGUCAACGAUUUAUACCACCAAAAAACAUCGGAAAUGAUGUAAAAAUAAUUACAUUAACGAAUGAGAUAACUGAAAUAUCGAAUGCUAAUAUGGGUGGUUGCAAGGAAUGGAGGUGUAGCAUUCGUUUUUCAAAAUCUCAUACGAUUACGCCGAGAGCUGAGGCUAUUUUGAUGAAUUCGAUGAAAAAAUACCCUCGGUUACAUGCCAAUAAGUACUACAUAUUUUUCACUCAGGAAUCAGCUGCUAAUUAUCCAACUAAUAAUUUGCCCUUCAAUUUAACAUUAAAUUUCAUUCGUAAUAGUCCAAUUUCAUCACCAUAUGGGUAUACGGUGAAGUUAGCAGAAGCUUCAAAGCCUGUAGGCCCAUUAAUUAAUGAUGAUAUUAUACGAAAUAAAAAGAUACCGAUCGCAUGGAUUGUAAGCAAUUGUGAGACUGCAAGUCAGCGUGAAGUUUAUGUUAACUAUUUGAAGAACUAUUUAACUGUUGACAUAUUCGGUGCUUGCGGAAAUAAGCAUUGCGCACUCAGAGAUUCGUGUAAAAAUGAGCUCAAUAAUGUUUAUUAUUUUUAUUUGGCAUUUGAGAAUUCAAUAUGUGAUGAUUAUAUAACGGAAAAAUUAUGGAAGCAUGGAUAUGGCCAUGAUUUAAUACCAAUUGUUUUGAAAAGAUCAAUCGUUGAACGAUAUGUACCGCCGCAUUCAUUCAUUGCUAUCGAUGAUUUUGCAACAAUUCGUGAUUUGGCUAAUUAUUUGAAAUAUUUGAUGACUAAUCAAUCAGCAUAUAGGAAAUAUUUUGAUUGGCGUGGCGAGUAUAAAGUGUUAUUUUUGGAUGGCAGUAAUCAUGAUGAACUGGAACGACCAUGGGGAUUUUGUCAACUUUGCAGAUUAUUAUGGAUGAAACCCCGUCCAAAAUAUGUUAUUAAAAAUUUCGCUGAUUUGUGGAGUAAAUCAUGCGAAUUAUCCGGUACGCUGGUUAAUGGAAUUUUACGAGAAGAACAAAAAUUAAUAAAGAUUUAA